GAACUGCAGUCAGAAAGUGGAACACAACAGAGAGCUCCCAGAAUGCGUGCCUGCGUCACCUACACGAUUCUCCUGCUGCUGGCCCUGCAAGAAGCUCGAGCUGCCACACUCGUUUAUCAUCAGCCGAUGGCUGUGAUUUAUCGUCAUCCCGCCACCGGCGAGGCGCAGCAGCAUCCGGGCUAUACCAUUGUGGCACCACUCACAAAGAUCGCACAUGUCACCUACGACUCGGUGCCCAUCUCCCACACGCCCUUCGAGCAUGUGCCGCUCUUCCAGCGCAUCGGACACGUGAAGCACGUGCGGCUUUGA